AUGGAAAUCUCAAAGAAACCAAGACGAGUAUCACCUCUGUGGCAAACCUCCCCCUCAGACCUCGACCCCAUCUCCGAAUGGCGCGCCUGGCAAGCCCUCUCCGUCUACUUCGCCGUGCUCCUCAACCGCCAGAUCCGACGAAGAUGGGAGCUUGAGAACGAAUGUCUUGCAAGCCGCCCACUCUCGCACCGUCUGGCGAAGGUUUCCAUGCCAAUCAUAUUCCUUGAACCAGUCCCAACCCUGCACAGGCCCUGCACAGCUCCGACAAGCAACGCAAGAGCCAAAUACGAUCCAUAUAAUGCCCCCGCCCUGGAGGCCUUGAAGACAAAAGCGCGGCUCCUGCGCGCCCGCCUCGAAAAGUGCAAGGAGCUCGCCUCCGAGAUCGAGCGCCGCAUGCUGGACCCUCGCGUCCCGUUCCCGACGCACUUCUGCCAUACCUGCGUCGUGGAUGGGGACGUUGCGGAUAUCCUGCUCACGAAAUGCGGGCACCGUGUGUGCCACACCUGUCUCUCCUUUGGGCUGGAUGAGAAUGGAGCCUACGAGUGUAGUAUUUGUAUUGCGCCGGCGCAGUUCGUGGCCAGAUCGCCGCUUACGCGGCAGCGGUCGUCGUCGGAGCAUAUCUCGAAUGCCUCGAGGAGGCUUUUGCCGUCUGCGAAGAGGGCGUCUGUGCUGGUGGCACCGGUUGUUAGGCAGCGUUGA